UUCACAUAGAGAUGGCGCUCACACCAGCAAAGUUUUCCGUUUCCUAUCCAUCUUUAUAAUCUUCUGCAAAUUUUCAUUAUAAUAUUAUGACAUUGAAUUGAAUGAAAAUGGCGUUGACGCGGGUGUUAUGUCCAUUGCGGCUUCUCGUAAAUAAAGACAUUUCAUUGCUUUCCACAAAUGUUUCACUUAAAAAUUAUGUAAUUCUGAAUAGUACUAUUCAAGAUCACUUCGUGAGACAUUUUAAAACACCGGUCAUGGGUUAUGAUGGUACUAUUGACAAAAGCAAACAAUUAGAACAUGAACCCUCUUCUUCCUCCUCUGAUGAAAGUGACUCAGAUGAAGAUGAUCUAGUAAAACCAACCAGUAGACAUCUACAGGAAUUCGAUAUCCCCUACAAGGACAAUAUUGACACAAAUGCUCUUGAAGUAACAGUUGAAUACUAUCGAGGGCUCCCACAAGUAACUGUUCCUUUGCCAAGUCGACGAGAACGAUGUGUUUUUACAUUGAAACCAGUUUCAAAUUCAGUAGGAGAUUUUAUAGAAAUGUUAAAGAAGGAAGAUAAAGGGAUUGAUAUAGCCACAUGCCGAUCCACUGAUAAUACAAGAAUCGCGUCAUCUAAUAGUAUCGAAACACUUCUAGAAGAGAAUUUCAAAUUAACCAUCAACGACAAAACAUAUGAUGUUAGUUGUCCACAACAAGAACGAUUAACAGGAGAAGAGAUAAAAAGGUUAGCUGACAUAAAAAACAUGGUACAUCAACUAUAUGAAGUCCUUAACAUUGAAGAUCAUAAUGUACAGAAAGAAAAUGAGAUAGUCAUGGAAAUUGAAAAUGUUAAGCAGGAGUUGCUUCCAUUCGAAAUCCAAAUAAGGGACUUGGAAGUUAUUGCAGAAAAAAGAGGAAACUGGCUGUCUUGGGCUGGCUUAGGUUUUAUGUCCGUUCAGUUUGGAAUCUUAGCCAGACUCACUUGGUGGGAAUAUUCCUGGGAUAUUAUGGAACCUGUCACCUAUUUUGUUACUUAUGGAACUGCUAUGGCUAUGUAUUCCUACUACGUUUUGACAAAAGAGGAAUAUAUACUCCCAAGUGUUACUGACCGUCAAAAACUGCUGAUACUCCACAACAGAGCGAAAAGAAUGGGACUUGAUCUUCAAAGGUACAACCAACUACAAGAACAACUCGUGAAAUUGAAUAGAAGACUGGCAAAAUUAAGAAACCCUCUGAAAGUACUACCUAAGAGUCGUUCAAUCAAUUCAUCUCCACAGUCAUCGUCAGAUGGUGUUUCACAAAUUACAUUAGAUAAUAUUGCAAGAACUUUAGGAAAAAUAGAUAACAGAACCCCUAUUUCUAGUCAAAAAUGACCAAUGUUAUGGUAAAAUAUUGUUCAAUCACCACGUUAUUUAUUUUUCAUUCUUAUCUUUAGUUUUCAUUAUGAUGCAUAACAUAUUUCGACGCUAUCCUUAAUGAAUGAAAGGAUUGAAGAAUGCCAAUAUUUACUAUACUUUCAGCAAAAAAUGAAAUAACUUCCUUAUUGUUGAAUGUUAUUCUGAACGGAAAGUUUUUAAGAAAUGAACUAAUUGUUAACUAAUUGUCUAAGCACAGAUUUACUGUGAAUAGUCAUUUUUUUAGUAUCUACACGACUAUUGAUUAUGUGCAAAUAUUUUUUAUAGGAAGGAAUGUUUUUCAUUGUGAUAUAUAGCUCAAAUUCUAUACUAUGCUCUUUCAUAAUAAUUGUUAUUGUUUGAAAUAAAUCAAUCAAUUGUUGCAGCAAAAUAAUGUGAUCUUAGUUAUUUUAAUACACUAUUGUGUGAAAAAAUUUCAAAUCUCCCAAUAUUAUUCUAGUUGAAGGAGAAUUAAAAUUUUUUCUUGCCUGGAUUAUUAUCCAUACAGUUCUCUUUCAUGAUAAGUGUUAUUGUUUGAAAUAAAUCAAUUAUUGCUGCAAAAUUAUAUGUGAUCUUAGUUAUUUUUGAACUCUAUUGCUUGUUGGAAAAAUUUAAAUCCCCAAAUAUUAUUCAGGUUGAAGGAGAAUUCAAUUUUGAUCUCUUUCGAAUUGACAUGAUAUUAUAUUUGUAAAUAAUAUCAGCUAAUGAAAGUCACUUUCAUUAUCUCAAUGUUCCUAUUCUUCUUGAAAGGAAUUGUUUUAAUUAUGAAAAGACCAUUGGAGUUAACUCCAAAAUUUUUAUAAAGAAUUACAUAAGCACAUAACUUUAUUGUAAAUUUUGUGUGUCAAAAUUUUGAGAAAAUUUUACUAUUAUGUAGAAUUUAGAUGCUUGCUUUUGGCUGAAAAAUUACCCAAACUGAAUACAGUGAUAUCGGUCAUAAUUGUUGAGUAAUGAUGAGUUAAGUGAGGCUGUCUCAGACACUUCCUUUGAAUAUGUUCAACAUAAUUCUUAACAUGUCACUUUUGAUUGGUUCAAUAAUUUUCUAGAAUUGUUUCAAAAUUAAUCUUUAUCUACAGAAUAUAUUCCACACAAUUAUUUGAGUUUUUUUUUUAAUCACAUGACAGUAUUGCUGAAAUAGGUCGAUGAAUAGAAAUGAUGGUAUGGGUACUUAAAAUCUGAACCUUUUUUCAGAAUUUGCAGAUCUCACUAAGAAUUUGUUUUUUUUUUCAAUAAAUAUACGUAAUUGGUACUUAUAAUAAAUAUGUAAAGAAUAUUGUUGUCAUUUCCUUGUAUACGAUAUUCUCACCUAAGAAAUGAUAUAUCGAUCACAAACAUACUGUCAUGUUAGUUAUAAAAUCAAUUUAUCAAUUUGAAUAAUUCAUAAAUUGUAAUUCUUGAAAUUUCAUUAGGUAUCUUAUCAACAGAAAUUUGCGUUGAUAAUUCGAUAUUCUGCAUCCUAGAUCUAAUGUUACCCAAAAUUAUAUGUACCUCCAUUUUAUCUAAAAACAUGAAAAAAUUCCAUAAAUUUUCUAAGAUUGUAAUAUUAUAUUAAAAUGAUUUGAGAGCUUGUGUUAU